GCGCUGAAGUCUAGCUGGCGACCAGCGAAGCCGGGAUGGCGGCACCACGGCCCUGCGCGGACCCGCACUGCUGCUCACGUCCGGUGGCGGUGUCCGGCGUGCAGCAAACGCUGGAGGAGAUGGACUUCGAGAGGGGAAUCUGGUCGGCAGCCCUGAAUGGAGACCUGAACCGAGUGAAGCAUUUCAUCCAGAAGGCCACAGACCCUAGCCAGCCUGACUCUGCUGGCUACACUGCCCUGCACUAUGCCAGCCGCAAUGGCCACUACGCCGUCUGCCAGUUCCUGCUGGAGAGUGGAGCCAACUGUGACGCCCAGACCCACGGGGGCGCCACUGCCCUGCACCGGGCCAGCUACUGUGGGCACACGGAGAUCGCACGGCUGCUACUCUCCCACGGGUCCAACCCCCGGCUGGCGGACGACGAUGGCAUGACCAGCCUCCACAAGGCAGCCGAGAAGGGGCACGUGGACAUUUGCUGCCUGCUGCUGCAGCACAGCCCCGCCCUGAAGGCUGUGCGCGAUCGGAAGGCGCGGCUGGCCUGCGACCUGCUGCCCUGUGACAGUGACCUGCGGGGCCUGCUGACCAGCUGAGGGGCCCGUGGCCUCAGGCUGCCCUUGGAGGGACACAGAUGGCUCUCCAGGCCCCUGCCUCGCUCAGCACCCACGCUGAAGUGCAGGGCGCUGGGACCAGAGCCCCGGGAAGAGCCGGCGUGGCAGCCGGGAGGUUUGGCCAGCUGGAAGCCGGACAGGAUUUGCCGGCUGUGUUUUCGUCACGUGAAGACGUCCAUCCAUUUGGAAAAAAGUAAACCUACAUCCUUACCUUAGUCCCCACACAGUGCAUUUCAAGAAUUAAAGACCUUCGCAUAGAGGCUCAAAGCGAGCUAGGGUGGUGCCCACCUGUGACCUGGGCAGCGCGGGAGGCAGGGGCGGGGAGACGGAAACGCGAGGCCGGCCUCGGCAACUGAGCAAGGCCCUGUGUCAAACAAAACACCCCAAAGGUGGCGAGCCGCUGAGGGAUCUUGGCAGGAGCACUUUAUCUGUGUGGCCCCGGCUUCCAGGGCUGUGAGGUGAGGGUGUCACAGGAGGACGUCCUCAAGGUCGCUCUGGGACUGAGCCAGUGAAGCUGGGGGCCUGGCACGCUGCCUGCGGCUCACCGGAGGGCCCGGUUCUGGAGCUUUGCCAACACUGGCUUUCUUUUUUCUUUUUUUUAAUUAUUAUUUUUUUAUUUUUACAGACUGCAUUUUGAUUCAUUGGACACAAAUGGGGUACAUCUUUUUGUUUCUAUGGUUGUGCACGAUGUAGAUUCAC